UUUGUUUGUGCAUGAAUGCAGGAGGGUCCCGGUCAGCUGCCAGCCCAUUGAUGAUGAUGACGUAGAUGUUGCCAGUGAGAGAGAGAGAGUGCUCCGCGGCGACGCCGACGGCGACAUGCUGCAGAUCGAGAACCUGACAAAGGUAUAUAAGUCCAGGAAGAUGGGUCGCAUCCUGGCCGUGGACCGCCUGUGUCUGGGCGUCCGGCCUGGGGAGUGUUUCGGACUUCUGGGAGUGAACGGAGCAGGGAAGACCAGCACUUUUAAGAUGCUGACAGGAGACGAGUGCACUACAGGAGGAGAGGCUUUCAUCAAUGGAAACAGUAUCCUGAAGGACCUGCUACGUGUUCAGCAGAGCAUCGGCUACUGUCCUCAGUUUGAUGCUCUGUUUGACGACCUAACUGCCAGGGAGCAUCUGCAGCUCUACACUCGCCUUCGUGGGAUUCCCUGGAAGGACCAGGGGAGGGUUGUGCAGUGGGCUUUAGAAAAGCUGGAGCUCUCAAAGUAUGCAGACAAACCCGCCGGCACUUACAGCGGAGGAAACAAGCGCAAGCUUUCCACAGCUAUUGCUCUGAUCGGAUACCCGUCUCUUAUCUUCCUGGAUGAGCCCACCACUGGCAUGGACCCUAAGGCCCGCAGGUUCCUCUGGAAUUUAAUCCUUGAUAUCAUCAAAACCGGGCGCUCUGUUGUUCUCACGUCACACAGCAUGGAGGAAUGUGAGGCUUUGUGCACCCGACUGGGAAUUAUGGUAAAUGGGAGGUUUAAAUGUCUGGGCAGCAUCCAGCAUCUGAAGAACAGGUAAACAAUCACACGCAUCUUUUGGAAUGUUGGAAUCAGUUCCACAGUUUCAAUUGGCUCCAGGGGUGGAGCCAAAUCAAACUGUGGAACUGAUUCAAUGGCUGGAACGAUUCCUCGGUCUGAACCAGUUUCUUAAUGGAACUGAUUCCAUGGAUGGAACGACUACACAUUCAGAAGCAGUUCCUUAAUAGAACCAAUUCCCCAGUUAGAAUGACUCCGCAUUCUGAACCAGAUCCAGAAUGGAAAUGAUUCCAUGGCUGGAACGACUCUACGGUCUGAACCAGUUCCCAAAUGGAGCUGGUU